AUGUCCGCCUCGGUGGGCCCUCGGGGCGGCCCGCGCCCACCCGUUGCGCCGGAUUCCAUGCCUGAGCCGGACCUGAGCCAUCUGACUGAGGAAGAGAGGAAGAUAAUCAUGGCCGUGUUAGCUCGACAGAAGGAGGAGGAGGAGAAGGAAGAGGCCAUGUUAAAAGGUAUCCAGCAGCAGUUGUCCAGCUACAGGGAGACGGUGCGGCGGGUGGGGGAGGAGACGCGCCGGCAGACCACCACGGGCCAGCAUCGGGACGACGCGCCCACCUGUGGCAUCUGCCACAAGACCAAAUUCGCUGAUGGCUGUGGCAACCUCUGCUCCUACUGCCAGAUCAAGUUCUGUGCCCGCUGCGGGGGGAGGGUGUCCCUGCGCUCCAACAAUGAGGAGAAAGUGGUUAUGUGGGUGUGUAAUAACUGCCGUAAGCAGCAGGAGAUCCUCACUAAGCCAGGGGAGUGGUUCUCAGGUCCAGGGAAGCCAGGUCUAGGCUCAGGCAUCAGUGACCCGGCCAUGUGUGGCCUGAACCCCAGUGACGAGAAGCUCCGUUCCCUCUCCCAGGUCCCCCUGGUGCCCCACGACGCCAACUGCCCCGGUGACCCAGGACUGGCACCAGGAAUGGACCUCCGCUCACGCAGCGAGCCGCCGAGAAAGCCGGGUGAUCAGAACAGUAAAGGUCGAGGUGAGCGUCGACCGGGUCAUCCCAGACUCCACACCCAGGUGUCUGUGGACCGGGACCAACGGGAGCGAGAGCGGAGGGAGAGCCGGCGGCUGAGUAAGGGCCGCUCUCUGGAACACGACCCUGUGGGAGCGGGGGUCCCCCGAUGGACAGAAGAGGGCUAUCACAUAGACCCAAACGCCCCCCGACAUUUAGCCCAGCCCCAGCCAGGGGAGCCACUGGGGGGCAGGCACCCUCUACAGCCCCUGGGGCGAGGCAGGGGGGUUGAGAUUGGGUUUGAGGGUGUUGGGAGUGUUGGGGGCCAGCCCGAGUCUAUGCUGGGCCAGAGGACGGUGGUUGGGGGUAUUGGGGGGCCACAGGACCUUGGCCCUCCACAUCUCCAGACCUCAGAACUCAGGGAACCCCCUGGGUCAGCCCCCGUCCCCGAACCCGGCCCCCUUCUGCGCCGGUCCAAACGGGAAAAGGCUGAGAGCAUGCUGCGAAACGAUUCACUCAGCUCGGACCAGUCAGAGUCUCUGCGGCCGCCACCGCCACGGCCCUACAAGUCAAAACGUGGCGGUGCCGGGAAGAGACAGACAUCAGUCAGCAGCUCAGAGGAAGAGGGAGGUACCACGCCAGAGUACAGCAGUUGUGAGGACGCUGAGAUCGAGAGUGUCAGUGAGAGAGGGGACUGGGAGUGCUACCCGCUGGACCCCACUGUGUGGCAUAUUGAAUCAGUAUAUUGUUCACAGCAUCCGGUGACAUGGCAGCCAUCCAAAGAGGGUGACCAUCUAAUCGGCCGAAUCACCCUGAGCAAGAGGAGCGUUAUGCCUAAAGAGGCCGGGGCACUGCUGGGGCUGAAGGUGGUUGGGGGAAGGGUCACAGAGGCGGGCAGACUGGGAGCCUUCAUCACUGUAGUCAAGAAGGGCAGUCUGGCCGACAUCGUGGGACACCUACGAGCAGGGGAUGAGGUUCUGCAGUGGAACGGCAAGAUGUUGCCAGGAGCAACCCAGAAAGAAGUUUACAAUAUCAUUCUCAAUUCCCAAGCAGAACCCCAAGUGGAACUAGUGGUGUCCCGGCCCAUUGGUGAUAUCCCAAGAAUCCCAGACACGUCCCACCCCCCACUAGAAUCUAGUUCCAGUUCAUUCGAGUCCCAGAAGAUGGAGCAGCCAACCAUAUCAGUCAUGUCCCCCACCAGCCCCAGUGCACUAAGAGACAACCCACAGCUAAUGCCUGGACAGCUCACAGUGAAGCUGUGGUAUGAUAAGGUGGGACACCAGCUAAUAGUGAACGUGGUCCAGGCAACAGAGCUGCCUCCCCGACCGGAUGGGCGACCUAGAAACCCCUACGUCAAAAUGUACUUCCUGCCGGACCGCAGUGACAAGAGCAAGAGGAGGACUAAGACAGUGAAGAAGAGUGGAGAGCCCUUGUGGAACCAGACGUUUGUGUACUCCCACGUCCACCGCAGAGACUUCCGCCAACACAUGCUAGAGCUGACCGUGUGGGACAAGCCCCGCCUACCUGACGAGGAUAGCAUGUUCAUGGGCGAGAUCCUGAUAGAGCUCGAGACAGCCCCAUUGGAUGAUAAGCCUCAUUGGUACAAUCUGCAGACCCACGACGUGUCUUCCAUCCCUCUGCCCCGGCCAUCGCCCUACAUGCCCCGCAGACACCCCCACACCGACACACCCAGCAAGAAGCUGCAGCCAGCCGAAAGAGGCUCGCGGGAGAGGGAGCGGCAGCAGAGGGUCCCCCACGCCACCACUCUGGAGGUGCCGGAGCAGCAGAGGACACCCCAGCUUCGCUCUCGAUCUGUCUCCCCUCACAGAGAGGAACAGGGGAGGGGCCGAUCACGACCCACCAACGUCCCCACCCAGAGGAGUUUGGAUGAUGAGAUCCACUAUAGUAGGAGGUCUAGUUCUCCCACCCGCUACUACGACUCUGCCGGAGGACACUACCAGGAGCAGGACUAUGUAGAUGACAGCUGCUCCCAGUCUCUGCCCCGCAGACGCCCCGCCAGCCCCAGGAUUCUAAUCCAACACGCCUCCCCAGAAGACGACAGUGACAUCCUCGUCAGCAGCUCGCAGGGUCAGACACCUCCCACAGGUCCCCGACAAGAGCAGCAGCCCCGUAGAACAAGCAGGGACCUGGAGAGGGCGCUUAAGAGCAAACGCGAGGUCAGUCACCUGUCACUAGAGCUGUAUAAGGACCAGAGGAGAACCAGCUGUGAGAAUGUAUCCCGCAAGUCUUCAGACAGUGAUGUCAGCGACGUGUCAGCCAUCUCUCGCACCAGCAAUGCCUCCCGCAUCAGUAGUACCAGCUACAUGUCCAUCCAGUCAGAGAGACCCCGGGGACGCUUCAAUAAUGUCUACAACAUGUAUUUGUCUGUCUGUAUGUAUAGCAAGGCGGUCCGUGCGUCAGGCCAGAGCAUGUUGAAGAGCACCAGCGUGAGCGGUGAGAUCUAUGGCAUUGAGCGCACAGACGGCAGCCAAUCAGAUACAGCAUUGGGCGGGGGCAAGAAGCGGCGCUCCAGCCUCAGCCAACGGGUGGUGGCCAUCGUGGGCCUGCCCUCCAGACGCAGCUGCAGCACCUCACAACUCACCUCCCAGAAAGAAGCAGUGGGGGUGGAUACCAAGAAGAAGGGCAAGAAAAAGAACAAAAUCCAGAUCCAGCGGAGUACAGAGGUGGGUAUGGCUGUAGAGUACCCCCGCCAGGCCAGCAGAGACUCCACCGACGGCAGCAUGAACAGCUACAGCUCUGAGGGGAAUCUAAUCUUCUCGGGGAUGAGGCUGGGGGCUGACAGUCAGUUUAGUGAUUUCCUGGAUGGCCUUGGCCCCGCCCAACUGGUGGGCCGGCAAACAUUAGCCACACCUGCCAUGGGAGAUGUUCAAAUUGGAAUGAUGGAUAAAAAAGGCCAGCUGGAGGUAGAGGUGAUCAGGGCACGUGGCCUUAACCCCAAACCAGGGUCCAGAUCACUCCCAGCUCCCUAUGUCAAGGUGUACCUGCUGGAUAACGGUGCCUGUAAAGCCAAAAAGAAAACCAAGAUUGCACGUAAAACCCUGGAGCCACUCUACCAGCAGGCCCUGCUGUUUGAAGAGAGCCCACAGGGGAAGAUCCUCCAGGUAAUAGUCUGGGGCGACUACGGGCGACUGGACCACAAAUGCUUCAUGGGAGUUGCACAGAUCCUAUUGGAGGAGCUGGACCUCUCUAGCACAGUGAUUGGCUGGUACAAACUGUUUCCCCCUUCCUCAUUGGUGGACCCUACGUUAGCCUCGCUCACGCGGCGGGCAUCCCAGACAUCCCUGGACAGCUCAGGACCAGCUAAUAUGCGCUCUUAG